UUGAGCUCAAACCCCAAAAACCCCAGCGACCAGCAAAAGCGGUGGCGGCGCGGCGGCGAGGAGCUGACAAUCCCGCCGCGAGAAGCUCCGAUUGGCACCAACCGACGGUAUGGGUGGGAGCGGCGUCAGUCCGUGCGAUCUUGACAGGGAGUUCGCGCCCCAAAUCGCACAGCUCCUCGCCACGCCUCCUCUCCAAUCCGCCCAGGAAUACUAUGAUGAACUCAUACGGUCCAAGAAGCAUGAUGGCAUAAGAGUGAGCUACAGUAGCAAGCAUGGGAAAGGUGUUUGUGCAAACAGGGACUUUGCUGAAGAGGACCUUAUUCUAAAGGAUCAAAUGGUGGUCGGUGCUCAGCACAGCCUUAACAAGAUUGACUGUGUUGUGUGUAGUUACUGCUUCUGCUUCAUUGGUUCUAUAGAGUUCCAGAUUGGGCGUAGAUUGUAUUUGCAGAGCAUUGGUGCUAGCAUUGACAGCACGUCAGAGAGACAUUGCCACGGAAGUGAUGUCGGGUCAAGUACCGGUUGUUCUGGUUCAACAAAUGGAAAUAGUAAUGAUGUGCCACAAGGGGUUGUAAUGUCGCUUAUGGAUGGUGAUACAUCACUGCCUUUCACUGAUCAGUUCCGUUUGCCAUCAGUUGUUGCUUGUCCUGGUGGAUGUGAGGGAGAACUCUACUGCAGCCAAUCAUGUGCGGAUUCUGAUUGGGAUUCCUACCACUCUUUGCUGUGCACUGGAUCCAAGACUGAACCACUACGGAGAUCUGCCCUUCAGAAAUUUGUACAGCAUGCUAAUGGAACCAAUGAUAUUUUCUUGGUCGCUGCCAAGGCUAUCACUUUCACCUUGUUGAGGUACAAGAAACUUAAAAGGCAGCCUGCAUCUCAUGAAUCAAGCUUUUCGCUCCUCAUGGAAGCCUGGAAACCACUUUCAAUGGGAUUCAAGAAGAGAUGGUGGGAGUGUGUUGCUUUGCCUGAAGACAUUGAUUCCAGUGAAGAAGAUUCAUUUAGACAGCAAAUGAGGGAUCUGGCGUUUGAGUCACUGCAGCUUCUCAAGGAUGCAAUUUUUGAUCCUGAGUGUGCACCCUUGUUUUCGCUUGAUGUCUAUGGCCAUUUAAUUGGCAUGUUUGAGCUGAACAAUCUUGAUUUAGUUGUUGCAUCGCCGGUUGAAGACUAUUUCAUACACAUUGAUGAUCUUCCAGAGAGUGAGAAGGAGGAAGUGGAGAAGGUAACAGGACUAUUCCUAGAUGCUUUAGGUGAAGACUAUUCAGUUCCUUGUGAAGGGACGGCAUUCUUCCCUUUACAGAGCUGCAUGAACCACUCAUGCUGUCCAAAUGCUAGAGCAUUUAAAAGAGAUGAGGACAAGGAUGGUCAUGCAGUGAUACUUGCUCUCAAGCCUAUUAGCAAGGGUGAAGAGAUUACCAUCUCCUACAUCGAUGAAGAUCUUUCAUAUGAGGAGAGGCAGGCGCAGCUUGCAGAUUACGGAUUCACUUGUGCAUGCUCGAAAUGCCAGGAAGAACGACCGAUCUGAAAGGAGCCAGACAAUUUGAACUUUGUUCGAAAUUUUUGUGGCAUUUGGAUCUUCAUGAAGUUUAUUUUACCGGGGAAUUUUGACAGCUUGGAAAAGGGGGAUAGUGCACUAAGAACGAGACGAGAUACUCUGUUUUGCCGUUGCAACUACAUGAUACUAGUACGAAUGAAACCAAUGUUCAAGUGAAAAUGUUACAGCCGAUCA